AUGUGCCGCCCAGCAGCAAACCACCAUCACCAUUGCCAAGAAUUGUGCCGUCCACAACCACUACCGUUGGCCCCACCUCUCACCCGUUGCCACCCCCACCGCUCGCCUCAACAAAGUAACCGUUACUUUAGAGCCGUCGCCACGCCACCAUUGGCCUCAACGCAUUAA